AUGCAGACCAUUCAAGAAGAAGCAGGCGAGGUGGAUCUCACUGCUCCCUCCACUUCAUCCGAUCCCGCUCCAGAGAUAGGUGAGAACAGCUUAGAGCAUUCCAACCAGGAUAAGGACAACAUCGCACCCGAAAUUGCAGAGUACGUUGAGAAAAUUCGUGCCGCGAUUAAGAUGCAGGCAGAAAGUCUCAAAGUGCAGAAGACCAAUAUGCGGGGACCGGAAGAACAAGAAGGGAAGUUGGCUUGCCAGUCUAGAGUCGGCAGAAAGUACAAGCGGAGCUCGUUCAUCCUCUUGAGAGACAAAGCCAGGAACAACAUGUCAAAUGUCAAACUUCGAGGCAAGAGAAUGUCCAAGCUCUCCAAUGCGGAAAUUCCCAAACAAGAACGCCGCAGUCGAGGCGGACCCGAUCUCGAUACAAACAGUGUCAAUGCCCGUCCUUGA